AUGGAGUCGGACGGGUCCAUGCACGUGCUGCUCCCCAUGGUGUCGCUCAUGCUGCUGCUCGUGUUCGCCGGCGGGCUGUGGUUCCUCCGCACGCGCAAUCAACUGCGAGGGGCGUCGCAGUCGUUCUUGGCCAGGAUGCUGUUGCAGGAGCAAGAGACGGUCACGCGCCUCGACCUCGAGCGAGGCGAAGCGCUGGCCGAGCGCUGGAAGUGCUACGUGUGCGAGUUCAGCAACGCCGUGGACCGGCCCACGUGUCUGCUCUGUGGCACGAAGAACGUGAAGCCCCGUCGGUGCUCGGACAAAGACGACCUGCCCGGCCGCAAGCUGUCGAUCGCCGGGCGCGAAGAGCGUACGAGCUCUGCGGGGUCCGUGACCAUGUUGACGAGGCCGUCGUUCUCGACCCAGCGGGGGUCCGUGCUCAGUGGCAGCCGGAGACCGUCGCUGAGGCCGCUGCGGCUGUCGACGCUCAACUCGCGACAGAAGUACGCGCGACGACGGAAAGAGUGGGUGCGCUGCGUCGGCGAGAGCGGCGGGUCGGCCUUUUGGACGCGAGCAGACGUGGCCGCGUCGUCGAGGCGGUUUACGGGCGCGCAGCAUAGCGUCGGCCCGAGCGUGAGAGGCCACCGACGCGUGUCGGUGGGCUUUGUCUCGCGCAUGGUGCGUCGGUCGUCCAUCAUGGGCGACACGGGACGCCUCACGUUUGCCGACGCGUCGCAGCUCGAUGCUGCCGAGACCAUGAGCGGGUACAAACUCACGGCCCGGGAGCUGGAGCUGCUGGAUCGCGUCUCGAGGCUGCCGUUCCCGAGAAAGUACACGUGGUUUCUCGAGCGCAUGGGCGCGCUGUUGAGGCCGUGGGAAGAAGGGCGCAUCAAGUUACGGGUGCAGCGAGAGCACAUUCUCGUGGAAAGUAUGGAGCAGUUGCUGGGGAUUCAGCCAGAGCACAUUCACUUUCCACUUCGAAUCGAGUUUAUAGGCGAGGCCGGAAUCGACGCGGGCGGUCUGCAACGCGAGUGGUUUUCCAUCUUGUUUGGUCGACUGCUGGACGACGACCUCGGGCUCUUUAUGACGUGCCAUCGCCACACACAGGCAGUGGCGAUCAACCCGCACUCGGAAGACUGCACGGCGGACCAUCUGCUGUACUUUCGAGGGAUCGGACGGCUACUUGGCCGUGCGCUGCUCGAAGGACAGACGAUGCAGGCGAAACUGUGUCUACCGAUUUUGAAACACUUUCUCGGCACGCCAAUUACGUUCUCGGAUCUGCAGUACGUCGACCCUGAAGUGUACACGAGCAUGGUCUGGAUCCGCGAUAAUGACGGCGUAGACGCUCUAGAUCUCACGUUCAGUGUGACUGAGUUGCGAGCAGAUGACGAAGUGGUGACCGUGGACCUGGUCCCAGACGGACACGACGUGGCUGUGACGGAUGCUAACAAGACGGAGUUCCUGCACCUCAAGUUGCGGUAUCUCAUGUUGGAUCGGUACGCACCGCAGUUGCAGGCGCUGUCGCUCGGGUUGUUUGAGGUGAUACCACAAGAGGCUCUGCUGGCCUUCGACUACCAAGAGCUGGAGCUUGUGCUAUGUGGACUGCCCGACAUUAACGUGGCCGAUUGGAAGCGCAAUACAGUGGUCGCCCCAGGUUUCAGUGACGCCUUGAGGGUCGUUGACUGGUUUUGGGAGGUAAUCGACGACUUUACGGACGACGAGCGAGCCCGAUUCUUGCAGUUUUCAACCGGCUCGUCUCGCGUACCCGUGCAGGGAUUCAAGGGACUAACGAGCUACGAUGGCCGAAUCUGUUUAUAUUCGCUGCGACCGCUGUUAGGACAGACGCGCGGCUUUCCUAAGGUGCACACGUGUUUUAAUCGCGUUGAGCUGCCCUUGUAUGAAAGCAAAGUUGAUAUGGAGGUAGCUCUGUAUGCUGUGCUCGAUAUGGAGUGGACUGAGUUUAGCGAGGAAUGA